UCAUGUCCCUCUUCCUUUGCCUGCUAUAGCGUACUCUCUCUCUCUCUCUCUCUCUCUCUCUCUCUCGAAUUCUGUCAUGUAUUGAUACAGUUACAUGUUUCAUCCGCCAUUCAUUGAUUCAGUUAUAUAUGGCAGAACUUCGGAACCUAUAAUUUUUGUUUCGCUUUCUCACUCGUCUAAUUACCUUGCUUUUGGUGAAGAAAAGGAGGAUUGAAAGAGUUUUUCCAUGUAAAGAAGCAGCUUCUUUUGGGUUAAGUUUCCUUGAUUGCAGAUUGUGAGACAAACUGCCGGCCAUUAAUGCGCAAUAAGUUCCGUUCUUAGAGAAACAAGAUGGAAAAAACGUAUCUAUGGGUUCCAAAAGAGGGCCUUAACAAAAAGGAUUCAUUAGAUGACUUACGCAAAGAUAGGGAAUUAUCCAAUGAAGAAUCCUCAAGUUUUUCUGAUUCACAGCUGAAGAAGUUGAUCAAAAGGGCGAAUUCUAGCGUCGCCAUAGCUGUAAAUAUUGUUCAGUCACUAAUCAGCAAGGAUUUUUUCCCCUUUCAUGGCCAUUCACACUACCAGAUACCGAAGAAUAUGAUGAGUGUAGAUGAGAAAUAUCUUCGUUGCUGUCAGGAAUUCAUACACAUGAGCGCAUUCAAAGGAGCUGGAAGCGACAUAGCUGUGAACUCCGGAUCAACAAAUAUACAAAUUUUACCAGAAAGCUUGGAUCCAGGUCAGUUUAUUUUUGAAUGUCCAAUGACGGAUGAUAUUGGGAGUGUAGUCAUAAGUACUAGUCCUGUACGGUGGAGCUUAAGUUCAGUAACGAGGAGUAAAAGUGUGGUAAAUAUUUUAAGUAGUCCUUUGUUCCACCAAUUUGGUGCUUCAGAUAAGAAUGAAAAUUUGAGCAUGAUGAACUAUACUGAUACUAAAGGACUAACAUGCUAUGAUUACAUGGACUCUCCUAGUGGUUUGAGUAUUUCUUCAUCAUAUAAACUUAAAAAGGAAACUCCAAUUAUGAAAGGCCAAAAGUUUGGCUCUAUGUCAUCUGUUCAUGAAAGGCUUGCUUCUACCUCGAGCACAAACUCGGAUGGAUUAUCUUUUGCUUCUCCUGCACCAUCUCAAGGAAUGCUUCAAUGCACAUGGAGGGAAGGAAUUCCUCAGUUUGUUUUUUCUGCAGAUGAUAAGAAAGAGAUCUAUGUAGCCAAUCUGAUGAAAGUAGGGCCAAAAGAUAACAAGGCUUUGGACCAUGUGUAUCUCAUUCAUUUGGACAAGGGUGAGCAAAAGGGCCGUGAAAUCUCCGACAGCAAUUCACAACUUGUUGGGAAGGUGAAUGUAUCAACAAGUUUCACCCUUGACUCAAACAAUGAUAAAAUCAUGGAAACUGAAUUUGUUUUGUUUGGUGACAAUGGAAAUUAUGAGAAAGAACUGUACGGUUCAAGCCAUACACAGAAGAGAAACAAGGGGCUAUCAAGGAAAUUGUCCAAUGUUUUCAAAAGUCCUUUGUCAAAACACACAACACUCUCCAAAUUUGAUGAACUUCAAAGUUGUCCAUGGGAUCCACAUGCAAAUAGUGGGGUUAGUUUGUUAGAAGCUAAUAUUCCAGCAAAUUUUGAGACGGCUGCCAUUGUUGUCAAAGACCAAAUUCCUUGUACUCAGAGAAAUAAAGCAGGAGGUUGGGGUUUAAAAUUUCUCAACAAAUUUGAAGUCAGGCAAACUCCGUUGCUCCGUGAAGCUUGUACAAGAAGUACGGGUGAUUGCUCAACUAGCAUGAACAUCCUAAUUCCAGCCGGUAUUCAUGGUGGGCCAAGAGCCAGAAAUGGUGGCCCAUCCAGUCUCAUUGACAGAUGGAGAUCUGGGGGCCUCUGUGACUGUGGUGGUUGGGAUGAGGGAUGUCCUCUAACAAUAUAUCAGACAAGAUCGACAAAAGCAGAGGUUCCUUCUCAAGUAGAUAUGCAAGAAGAGAGCAAGAACGUUGAUUUAGUUCCUCAGGGUUCAAGGGAUUUUACCCCCGCUUUGAGGAUGGUGAGCAUUCGUGAUAAUUUAUACUUCAUUCAGUUCCGGCCUCCCUUGUCUGCAUUGCAGUCAUUCUCCAUUGCAGUGGCAAUAAUUCACACACAGAGCCCUAUCCUCCGCUCCAAUAGUGCAUAGCGGCUUUGAUAACAGUAGCUAUAAACUAAGGUUUUGUAGCAUUCAUAAUUUUUUUAAUGAUUGAUGACAAGUUAGGUGUUUUGUACAUGUACCAAAUAUUUAUUCAUAUGUCAAGGUUUUUUGUUUAUUGUAGUGUCAGAGGUUACUUGGUUCAGGUUUCCGAACUUUUCACGCCUGAUUCCCAAUUAAGCAUUCUUGUAGCCAUUUUUGUUUCCCCUUAGUUUGUGUAGCUUGUCUUCAAGGGACAUAUAGUGUAAAAGCUUUCUGACCAAAAGUGAGAUUGAAUUUGCCAUAUUUGAAGCA